AUUACAGGCCAGUGACCACUACAUACUAAGCGGCGACUGCAUUACGUACAAGUGCACCGUAGUGACGUACACACGUAUGUACGAGUACAGUACUUUGCAGUGAGAAAAAUAAUGACAAAAACAUUGGCAGUGUUGUGUGAUUUAGCGUGGCUGCAGCUGAGCGUGUUCAGCGUGUCCUGGGGAUGCUUGCCGCCCCCACUGGCCAUCCCCUGGCCACUGCCAGCGACCGGUGGGCCGCCGACCACCAACCUGGAGGACCUGAUCACGGACGCCCUGCGGACGAGACAAGACGAGCGCAUCACUCUGCCGCUGGCCCCGAACGCGGGCAUCCUGGAGGGCCUCCUGAGCCGGCCCCGGCUGGGCGAGGACGCGACGUUCAGCUGCGAGGCGCCGCCCGGGGGCGACUGGCGCUCGCUGACCUGGCUGCACCGCGGACGCACCGUCUUCGAAGCAGGCCACGCCCAGCCGGAAGACCCAGCGCAGCGCUACAACGUCACCCAGAUGAGUGACCGCCGCCUGCAGCUGGUGGUCCUCAACGUCACCGCCUACUCGGGCGGGCCGAUCCUCUGCGUGGAUGCCACGCCCACCGCGCAGCUACACCGGCCCACCGCGCGUUCUACGCCGCUUCACGCUCCUCCCGCUGAUCACGCGCGCCAGCGAAGUCUUCGCGCCGCUGCCCGAGGGCGGGGCGCGCGUGACCCGCGUGGGCGGCAGCGUAACCAUCCCUUGCCGCGUCCGCUUGCCGCUCCCGGAGGCCGUUCUGCGCAAUCAGGACAACCACGUUUUCUGGCGCUACAAGGGCCGUAUCAACAGCCCGCCCACGGAGCUGCCGUACGGUGCGCUGCCUCCUUCCCAGAUGCCCCCAAUCUUCUCCUCCGCUCACAGCCCCAAACCCACCGUCUCCAGCAAUCUUCCCGGACACUUUCUGGACUAUACACUGCAUUUGGGAAACUUCCGCCCGGACGGCAGCGGCGACGUGCAGUGCUUCUUCCGGCCCCACGAAGGGGUUCACGAGUGGGGUCUCGCAGACCACCCGCAUCACUGUUCUUGCCAAAUAGCUGAGUUAACGGAUACAUAAAAGAUAUUAUUGUAUAUACUUUGUAUAUCUGUACGUCCGGUUGUAAUUAAUGAUGAAAUCAUUCUGUCCAAGAAAGUUUUUCUGACGCCGAUGAGACUAAGAUAAAUGUUUGUCCCUGCAACUAGCAAGACGAUGAAAGCCUUUCUCUUACAGCUUUGCGCUGUCGUAAUGCCA